GGGAAGGACAAGGUGCUGCCAGUAUCCUACGCUUGCAGGCGUAGCUGGAUGAGUUGGUCAAAGUACUGGGGCAGGGCGCAUCGCCUGCUAAGUCCGAGAGCAAGCCGAAGCGCGCCCCAUGGUACAAGGAUCAAGCUAGCCGCGACCAAAAAGAUGCAGCCGAUGCACAAGGAGUUGACCCAGACCAAUGAGUUGGAAGAAAAGCAGAAGCAGGUCGAUGAGUUGCAAACGUUGGUUGAGGAGCGCAAGUCCAAGCUCGAGGCCAAGCGUGUUGAAGUUGCAGAGUUGGUUGCUGAAUUUGCUCGUACCUCUGCGCUGCUGGCCUCCGAGUCUGGUGCAUGUCAUGACCCUGCGCCUGCAGGUGUCAAGAUUGAGAUCGCCAAUGCCGAGGAGAUGUACGCCAAGUACGGAGGAGUCCAGGCCUUCCUCAACAGUGCUGACUGGGUGGAGAUCCACAAGAAUAUUCGUGUUGUGUACAGUGGCGGCGUUGGCGG